UGUCAAAGUUUAGAUUCCAUCAUAUGAAUACCUGUAUUUCAUCUGUGCUUAUACUCUACGGUGCUUUGGAAGCUUCUGAGAACGGCAACAGAGGGCUAGACGAUGAAAAGCGUACUCCGCACGUUGCUGCUCCCUUUCCUCGCCGCGACUUCAGCAGUCACUGCGCAAGGGUCGCUUGGAGGGGGGGAUGGCUACAUCGAUGAUGGCCCACAGCCGGAUGACCUCAACGGCUCCAACUUUACUUAUCCCUAUCCGGUCAAGGUUUACAAUUUUCCUUCCCAGCGCCUAAACAUGCAGAUGGCAUUUAUGGAUGUGGCCCCCACAAGCAACGCAACCACAUCGACAAACCCGCCCGUGGCCGUCUUGCUGCACGGCAAGAACUUUUGCGGUGCGACUUGGAACGAGACCAUCAUCCAGCUGACGGGUGCUGGGUACCGUGUGAUCGCGCCCGAUCAAGUGGGGUGGUGCAAGUCCACCAAGCCCGUGGGAUAUCAGUUCACGUUCCAGCAGUUGGCGCUGAACACGAAUAGCCUGCUCAAGCAGUUGGGGAUCUACAGUGCCACUGUCAUCGGGCACAGCACGGGUGGGAUGCUGGCAGCUCGAUAUGCACUCACGUAUCCGAGCAACACAACGGCCGUGGUCAUGGUGAACCCCCUCGGCCUCGAGGACUGGAAGACGAAAGGCGUGCCAUAUCAGAGCAUCGACCGCAGCUGGGCCACCGAGAACGCAACCACGUACGCCUCGAUCAAGACCUACGAAAACACAACGUACUACGUCGGCCGGUGGCAGCCCCAGUACGACGUAUGGGUUGGCAUGCUCUACAACGUCUACACGGGCUCGCGCCGCGCCGAGUUCACCUACAACAUGGCGCAGACCACGGACAUGAUCUACACGCAGCCCGUCAUCUACGAGUUCGGCCUGCUGGGGCAGCAGGUGCGCACGCUUCUGGUGAUUGGGGACAAGGAUAACACGGCCAUUGGGAAGGCUUGGUCGCCUCCGGCGGUGCAGGCCGUGAUUGGGAAUUACAGCGUGCUGGGCCCGGCGGCGGCGGCGAUGAUUCCGAACAGCACGUUGAUUCAGUUCCCUGAUUUGGGGCAUGCGCCGCAGAUCGAGGAGCCGGCGGAAUUUCAUCGCGAGUUGCUGGGUUGGCUUGCGAACAUCUAA